AUGUGGCUCCUGGAGCGGCUGCGCGGCGUGGCGGAGAAUGGCGGGUCCCGGGGCGCAGGGCCAGAAGAGUCCCCACGGGGGUCCCGCUACAGCAACGUCCUCACCCCCGACAAGAUCCCCGACUUCUUCAUCCCACCCAAGCUGAGUGCGGCGCCCGCCGAGACUGAGGGCCCUGAGCCCCCUGCAGCACCCGCCCUGGGCCCCUCAGCCUCAGAGCAGGACCUGGCUGGGCGCAAACCCCCACGCAGCCCCCGGCCGUCCAGCCGGUCCCGGCCGCGGGCCGCUGGCCGACACAUCAUCCAGAUUGAGAGUGCUGAGGACUGGACGGCCGACGGGGGCUUCGGCACCAACGUGGACCCGCAGGCGCAGACGGCCAUGUCGCUGCCCUACGUGCCCAAGGCACAGACCUCCUAUGGCUUUGCCACGCUGGUGGAGAGUCCCCACACACGGCGCAAAGAGUCGCUUUUCCACAGUGAGCACAGCAGCCUCUGCCCCUCGCCGGCCACCUCGCCCAGCGCCCAGCGCAGAGCCAAGCUCAAUGGUGAGAGCGGGCCCCGGGCGCCCGCUGACCUGGGCGCAGCCCUCAUGCACCCUGGCCGCUACUUCAGCGGUGGCGAGAGCGACACGUGCUCCUCAGCCGAGUCCUCGCCCUUCGGCUCCCCGCUGCUUUCCCGCUCUGUUUCCCUGCUGAAGAUCUUCAGCCAGGAGAGCCAGUCCAAGGUCAUCAAGCUGAAGCACUCAGUGGCCCGCAACAGCUCGCUGUCCACUGACGACAGCUCAGCUGACACCAGCCCCAGCGCCCAGCGCCGCGCCAGGAGUGCCCCAGCCGGGGGGCAGCCACCCACUGCCCUGCUGCCCCUGGACCUGCCACCGGGCCGCGACCGGGAGCACAGCCUGCGGCUCAGCCGGGGUGGGAGCCUGCGCCUGGCUGCUGACUACGACCCCUCCAACGCCCGGCUGCGCGUGCGGCUCGUCUCCGCCGAGGACCUCUACGAUGCCCUCGUCGACCUGCGCAGCAUCAACUGCUGCGUCUCCCUGUGCCUCAACCCCGGGAAGCUGCAGAAGCAGCGCAGCACCAUCGUCAAGAACAGCCGCAACCCCAUCUUCAACGAGGACUUCUUCUUUGAUGGGCUGGGCCCCGGCCAUGCCAGGAAGAUGUCCCUGAAGCUCAAGGUGGUCAACAAGGGCAGCAGCCUUAAGCGGGACACGCUUCUGGGAGAGAAGGAGCUGCCGCUCACCGCCCUCCUGUCCUGCCUGUAG